CCUCAUUCUGGAUGUGUCAAUAGACCAACCAGACUGCGUUGACCUUUUUCAAGGGUCAAAGCCGUCAUUCUCAAUGUACUCACUAUAUGGUGCUCGAAUAGUAUCGCCUUUGACUACGCUAUUGUGGGCUAUGGUGUCUCAGUAUAGUCAGCUUGAGAGAAGUGCUGUGGAAGAUAUGGCCGUAGCGACUGUUGAGUCUGUGCUCAAGGGUGUGCUGAAUGUCGACACUUCUGUCAGCAUUACACGUGACGAUCACUAUGCUGCUGCAGUGGCGAAUCGGAAGGGACAACUGGAAGCUGUUUCAAACAUGAUCAGCAUCACCAUGACCAUUACUCAGAUGGUCAGUCUGCUGCGAGCAAUCUCUGAUAAAAUGGGUGGAGCUCUUGUGGACAUCCAUCGGGCGUCGUCAAUUGUUGCGCAGGCAUUUGGGAAGACACUGUUAUCUACCAGCGGUACGAUGGGUAGCAAUUCGCAUCGGAGAAGGCGGUUGCAUGGCCUUGGUAUGGACUCUUUUGAAGAGAGGAUUGAAUCUGAUGGUCCGGGGAUGGAAUCUUUGACUUAUUCCGAUGUGGCAACGGCAUCGGCAUCAAGUGUGCUGGAUUUGACAAACAUAGAGAGCAUUGUCAUGCUUAUGGAGGAUAUGGUACACUUCGCAACGACAGAGGGGGUAUUGAGUAAUGCUGACCUUCCAGGAGAGAUGAUUAUCGCCAUCUCUAACACCACCGCUUUGCUCAACCGAAGGCUCCAUCCUGCUACAGUGUAUUCGCACACAAGCCCCUCACAGUCUGAAGGAGACAUGGGCAGCAGUGCCAUCUGGGCAAAGAUUGGAGGCAUGGUGAAGGUAUCCUUAGCAUCCCGAUCCCUAUUGAUUCAGGAUGGUAUCUGGGAGGUAGUCAAGGGCACAAUGUCUGUGCGCGCAUACGUCGAUAAGACAUCACCACAGGCGCUUGAUCAGAUCAUCAAUGCGACAUUUCUUUCGCCAACUUUGUUGAGGCUCGGCAAUAUCCCUCUUCCCCCCAGCCCAGUUUCGCAAACACCACCCGUCAUCGGUGCACCAAGGCCACCAACUCCACCAAGUGGCGACGUUCUCAACACCCCACCUGACUCGACCGACGAGCGGACAGCCCCAACUAAGGGAUCCUUCUUUACAAUGCCCAUAAUGAUUGGAUGCGGUGCUGGAGGGGUGGUUGUGAUAAGUGCAAUAGUUGGCAUCGCGGUGUGUGUCUGUAGAAGGAGGCGAAAGGCAGCACAAAAGGUGAAGGAGCCUACGGAGUUGGAAAUUAAGCAGGCAAAGGAGAGGCGCAGAAGCAGUGUGAUCUUAGCCCGCGAGGUUAACCGGAAACUGAGUGAGCAAAUGGAAUUAAGAAGGAAGAGUAUUGAGUAUGCAAGAAAACUUGUCGAGCAACUGGAAGAAAGCACUUCUCAAUCCCGCAGGAUGAGUCGGUUAUAUCCAAACAGCAAGGACCUUACUGCCGCCCUGGAGGCCCACAAGCGCACAGAACUGCAGGAAAAGCUCGAGCGUGUACUCGUUGAGUCACAGUCAAGGCGGGGAAGCUUGAGAGAGUCCAGCCUGUCCAGGCGUUCCAGCAUGCAAUCUGCUGGUCUGAACACUGUCAGGGAAAUAUCAAUAAGACAAGGAUCAAGGAUCGACGAGGAAUCACAACUGGAUGUCCAGGAUGUUGACGUCGAGGUUACGCAACAGGAAAGGACCCGUUCACCUGGCGUAAACCGUACAAGACGAUCCUCAUCAACCGUCACCAGUCCUGACCGGCGGGAAGGUGCACAGGGGGACAUCAAAAGAGGGCACCGCGGCCAGGUUUGGCCAGACCCUCAGGAUGCUCGCAAUAGAGUGGAUCAGCAACCGGCGAAUAAUUCCAGUCCACAACCUCGCGAGUCCAAAGACAAUAGACGAAGAAAAGAGAAAAGGUACGAAGAUGGCGAUGAUGGUCGGCUGGUUCCAAUUGGCCCAGGUUUUGUUGGCUACACGGGAGUGGGAGCGGACAAACCAGGACCAGGAAUGUACAACUCCAACUUCGAGCUGGUUGUUCCAGCCCCCAGAACCACUGACUUUGCGGCCUCCCGUCUGGAACGAGCCCUUUAUUCCAAAAUGGACACAGGUGUUCCUGGUCCCGGUUCUUACGACGUGUUCAUUGACCGCAUGGGAGGCAUGUCCCCAGCCAAUCGGAUUCUCAUGAUUGAAAAUAGUGAGGAGUCUCUCCUCAAGAGCGGGUCAUCGAAGAGUUUUCUUCGCAGCCCAGGGUCUGUGAGAAUUGAUGGGAGUGCUGGAGGAGGGGGUUCCUCUGUAGUAGGUGGAGGGUCGGGAUCCUUCGGAACCCAAUUAGGUGUGUCAAGAUGGGUGACCAAGGAGUCCUCCUUUUUCGUGUCAGGGGUUCCGAAAUUCAAACACGUGGUCAAAGACACCCCGGGACCUGGCACGUACACCUUGUCCCGUGUCUUCGACUUCGCAUACAGGGAACAGCCAAUGAGCCCCUCGGCAUGCGCCACGCGUCCGUUUGGUACUGCUCAGUCCCGAGGGUACCAUAUCGAUCCCGACAAGGUGGUCUCUCCUCCGACUUACUUGAUUACCCCUGGUCCGGGCGCGUAUGCCCCCAAGAUCGUGGAGGGGAAAGAAGACCAUAUCUGGUCAACCAGUCUGGGUCCCGACGAGACACCGUCUGUCGCCAGUCCCUUUUCCUUCACUUCUCAGCGGUUUUCCAAUUUCAUCACUUUCGCACCUGGGCCUGGUUCCUAUGAUGUGCCCAUCGUCCAUCCCAGGCGGACGGUCAAGAGUUUCAUCCAUCUUGGGGAGCCACCCCAAGCGGAGGGAACCAAUCUGCGGCGGGGAUUCACUCGCAUCUGCAAUCCGGGGGAAUCCCAGGGGCCGGCGUUCAUGAGCACUGCACGCCGAGUCUCGUUCACUGACAUCGCCGCCGCAGCGCCUGCGACUGCUUCUUCUACCGCUCGCGGGCGCAAGGCUGGCGUUGAUGCUACUGCCGGUAGUCCGAAGAAGAAAGAGCGCGAGAAAGAGCGGGAGCCAGAUCUGGAGGCUGUGGAUCGCAAGGGCAUGGGAAAUCGACGUCGCGGGCGGAGGUCUGUGAUGAAUAGCCCUCAGGGCUUGCGGCAGCGGAAGGUGGUGGUGCAUUACACAGGCCGGGGGGAGGAAUUGUCGUCGGUAUUUGCAUCGGAUACCACGAGAUUCGGAACAACAGGAACGUUGCACGGAGGACAUGCGUGGUACUCUAACUCAGGAUUUCCUUGUCCGGGAACAUACGAGACGCCCAUCAGAUGGAGCACCAAGCCGCGACCAGGAGGUCCUGGAUGGAUAUACCUUUUCCAUAAAUUGAGGGGGGCCAAGUGGUGGAGCUUCCCAGGCCAUCAUCGGAAGGAUAAACCCCCUACGAGUGCACGGGUGUUUGUGUCGGGUGCGCCAAGGCUCCAUCAUCAUUUUGAGACGGAUUCCCCAGGACCUGGAAGGUGAGCAGGUUUUUUUUUUUUUUUUUUUUUUUUUUUUCAGAAGGUGAGUUGUGCUGGAGAUAGGGCUUGAAAAGAAAAAGAAAAGAGAGACCUACAUUUCGUUGAUUCCUUUUUGCCAGUUGGGUAUGGGCAUGAGGGGGUUGGGGGGAAGGGGAGAGGGAAGGACAGGCCCCUCCGAUUCUUGAAAGCCCGAAACUAGCCCCACCAGAAUGCACCUAGAUGUGCUGCGACACAAGUGGGAGAUCUCAACCUGGAGGUGCAGAUGCCCCGAUCCUGGCUCAUACUGAUCGGGCUAGUUUUUAUCUUUUUUUUUCUUUUUCAGGCAGUGAAACAAAGUGGAAAUAAAACAUGGAUGAAAUGGAGAUGGAACGGAGAUAAAAUCUGGACAAUAAUAUUUCUUGAUGGAAGAGAGGGACAGAGGGGUGGAUAAUCAAACAGCUUGAAACAG